CUGGAGGUCGAUUGGCCAGUGCAGACGCCGGUGUUUUUGAAAGAUCUGCCUUGGUUUAGUGGCACUACAGCACUUUUAUCGCUUUGUGAUACCAUCAGGUCUGAUUUGGCAUUUAUUAUUUUUAUUUUUACUUUUUAUGGUCACUAUUGUUCAUCAUGUUGUCUAGCACAGAGGGCGCUGAAAUUCUCUGCAGCGUCACAAUUGAACACCUUACCAGUGCAGGUCAGGCCACCAAACGACAGGUGAUGCGCAAAGCUCAGCUGGUGCUGGGGCGCAAUGAGUUUCGUGAGAUUAUCUUGCGAGUUCAAGAUUCCACUAAACAGAGCUUUUUAUUAAAAGACUUCCAGCUAUUUACCCGUUUUGUGAAAGAUGGCAAAAGUACAAUUAAGCUGACUCCAGAAAACGUGCAGAUUCUCAUUUCUGACUGUCCCCCGGACGGGCUUCGCACCUUCAUUAAGACUCUUGCCAUCAAACAUGAAUCCUGGAAACACGAUGGAAAGCCUCUUGGGGAUCGAGCGAAGCUUCUUUCGGAUCUACCUCGUAGUUUUGAGACCAUCAGCCCUCUACAGAUGAAAGAUGUUCAGAAAGCUAAUGAACUGAGAAAACGAUUGAAUUCGCAAACCCCUACUAAAGUACAAGUGUUAAAAGAAAGGUGCAGUAAUCAAGUUAGUGGGGUGCAGAUAAAAAGACAACGCUCGCAUUCAUCAGAAAAGCCUUUGGUGCUACACCCUGCUAAGAAACCAAUCCUGUCAUUACCCGCUGGACGUAAGCUUUCUGCUGAGCAAUCUAUGGUGCUUAGUGCUGUUCUAAGUGGAAAAAAUGUAUUCUUCACGGGCAGUGCUGGUACUGGGAAAUCUUUCCUUCUGAAGCGUAUUGUAGGCUCUCUACCACCUAAAAGCACUUAUGCUACAGCCAGCACUGGUGUAGCAGCUUGUCACAUUGGAGGCACAACCCUUCAUGGUUUUGCAGGUAUUGGGUCAGGGUCAACCCCGCUGGAGCAGUGCAUAGAGCUAGCACAACGCCCUGGAGUCCUUCAGCACUGGACAAGUUGUCGACAUCUCAUUAUUGAUGAAAUUUCCAUGGUGGAUGGUGAUUUCUUUGACAAACUUGAAAAAAUAGCUAGGUCAAUCAAAAGGUCUAAUGAGCCAUUUGGAGGAAUUCAGCUGAUUGUGUGUGGAGAUUUCCUACAACUUCCACCUGUCACUAAGGGCAAAGAGAAGAUCAAGUUCUGCUUUCAGGCAAAAAGUUGGAGAAAAUGCAUUCAUCUCAACAUGGAGUUGACAGACAUCCGUAGACAGACUGACAAGGUUUUCAUUUCCAUACUUCAAGCAAUCCGGCUGGGCAGGGUCACUGAAGAAGUGACAUCCCAGCUGAUGAAAACUGCUUACCGGAAUAUUGAAAGAGAUGGUAUCCUAGCAACGAGGCUGUGUACCCACAAGGAUGAUGUGGAGUUGACCAAUGAAAUAAAGCUGGAGAAUUUGCCAGGUGCAAUACAUACAUUCGAGGCUAUAGACAGUGAUCCACAGCUAGUGAAGAUGAUUGAUGCCCAGAGCCCAGUGAGUCGAGUGUUACAGCUAAAGACUGGUGCCCAGGUCAUGCUGACUAAGAACCUGGAUGUUCAAAAGGGCCUUGUGAAUGGAGCACGUGGUGUUGUGGUUGGUUUUGACACUGAAAACAAAGGUUUUCCAAAGGUACGGUUUGUUUGUGGAGUGACAGAGACCAUGAAAAUAGAGAGAUGGAUAUUCAAAGCAAGCAGUGGGAUCUAUCUUAGCAGGCAGCAGCUACCACUUAAGCUGGCUUGGGCCAUUUCCAUUCACAAGAGUCAGGGAAUGUCUCUGGAUUGUGUGGAGAUUUCACUUUCUCGUGUAUUUGAGAGUGGCCAAGCUUAUGUAGCACUGUCUCGAGCUCGCAGUUUGGAAGGGCUUCGAGUCAUGGAUUUUGAUCCUAAAGCAGUCCGUGCCAAUCCAGAAGUACUACAGUUUUACGGCAAGCUCCGAAAAGAGCGUCUUCUUACACAGACCUCAAUGGAUAUUUACGCAGAGCGAUCAAGCAAGGAAAAUGAACCUUGGCCCUGAUUAAUGCUGCAAGAAAUCAUUUUUCAUUGUUUACACUAUG